AUGAUUGAUGGCAGGAAUGCCAACAGUGAAACCAUGGCUCCUUGGCCAGAGUUGGAAAAUGCCCAGCCAAACCCCAAUAAAUACAUCGAAGGGGGUUCAAAUCCACAGUCAGCCUCCGCAGCCAAAGACAUCAUCAAAAAUGGCAGUGAGACUCCAGUACCCAAGAUUGAACUAUUGCCUUCCUACUCCACGGCGACCCUGGUGGAGGAGACCACUGACGUGGACCCCUGGGAUAUGCCGGAGCUCCGAGACACUGGGAUCAAGUGGUCAGAGAGGGACACCAGAGGGAAGAUUCUCUGUAUCUUGCAAGGAAUUGGGAAAUUCAUUCUGCUCCUGGGCUUUCUCUACUUGUUUGUGUGCUCCCUGGAUGUCCUCAGCAGUGCUUUCCAGUUGGUUGGAG